AGUCCGUACUUGUUGCCCUUUUUCUUGUUGUGGAAGGGGCGCACGUUGUAGGUGUACCACGUUACUGGCUCGGUGUGUCGGCCUCAUACCAAGGCGAGGCCGAGACCGAGCAGCCCUACGUGCAAGCUUACCCAGAUUGGGACCAUCUCUGCGUUCCACGGAGUCCAAAGUAAGUAGCAAGAGUUGCUACCUAUCUUACAGCCAAUCUCUUGAAUCCACUACUUAAUCAUGUCCAAGCCCAAUUUUCCAAGACUUGUGUCACCAACUCCCCUUACUUUCUAGCCUCCGAUCCACCGCCAUCUUGUCUCACCAUGUCACAAACGACAAGCUCAGUGGCCUCGAUUCACGAGGAGAAAGCACGACUGCCUCAUACCGACGUCGAACAGCCCCCAGUAUCACUUGACGAAAAGCAACCAGACACGACCGAGCCUCCAGCGGUCGUGAGUCCAUUCCAUCCAAGUCAGUUUCCUGAUGGCGGAAGGGAUGCAUACCUGUGUCUCCUCGGAGGCUUCUGCUGUCUGUUCUGCUCAUUCGGAUGGCUGAACGCCGUCGGAGUGUUCCAGAGCUACUACCAGCGGAACCAACUCAGUGACUACUCGCCUUCUACCAUCGCCUGGAUAGCCUCUCUCGAGAUCUUCGUCAUGUUCGCGCCUGGACCUAUCGUCGGAUUCAUCUAUGACAACUACGGCCCUAGAUACAUACUGCUAUUUGGCACCUUCUUCCAUGUCUUUGGUCUCAUGAUGACGAGCCUCUGCACCGAGUACUGGCAGUUUGUUCUCGCACAAGGAAUCUGUAGCCCCCUGGGCUUGAACUGCAUCUUCCAGGCGGGAACUAGCACCAUCCCUACUUGGUUUCUCAAGAAGAGAGGGCUGGCGUACGGAGUCAUGGCUGCUGGCAGUGGACUAGGCGGCAUCAUCUUCCCCAUUAUGGCAACGCAUCUCAUCCCCCAAAUUGGCUAUGGCUGGACGAUGAGAACAUUAGCGUUCCUGAUUCUCGGUAUGAUGGGUAUCGCAUUCGUCACUGUCAAGUCUCGUCUACCGCCGAGGCCUAGAAAAUUGGAACUCUGGGUCUUUCUGGAGCCCUUCAAGGACACUCGCUUCAUCUUAUUGACCAUUGCGUCAUUCAUGUUCUUCAUGGGGAUGUUUAUCCCCAUCAACUUUAUUGAGGUUGAAGCCAUGUCGGAUGGAAUGUCAACUCGCUUAGCUGGAUAUCUCCUGGCUGUUCUCAACGCCGCAAGCAUCUUCGGCCGUAUCAUCCCCGGUGCUCUCGCAGACAAGGUCGGCAAAUUCAACAUGCAAUCAUUGUGGUGUCUGGUAGCUGGCAUCCUCGUCCUCGCAUUGGCUCUCCCCGCAUCUAGCAAUGCGGCAUACAUCACGUUCGCUGCUCUCUACGGUUUCGCUUCGGGUGCUUUCGUCUCACUGUUGCCGGCCCAGAUAGCACACAUCUCCAAGGUCGAUCAGAUUGGAAUACGCGUUGGUGUUGUAUUUGCAUGCAUAUCGUUUGCGGGCUUGGCCGGUAAUCCGAUUGCGGGAGCUAUUGUCGAUCAAAAUAACGGAAAGUACUGGGGGCUGAACGUCUUUUCAGGUGUCAUGCUCAUGGCAGGGUCGGGUAUGUAUGUAGUAACGAGGAUGUACAUUGCGGAUUGGAAAGUCUUUGCGCUAGUUUAGUAGUCUGUCGAGCUAGGAACAUACCAUGUAAAUCUACGUG